AUGAACUGCAAGGCGAUGGUAGUAACGCUCGCCGUUCUGGCGCAGACGUUGGCGCAGGAGCCGGUUCUGCUGCAUUAUCACGAGCACGUCGGUAUCCCGGAGGCGACGCGCAUUAAGGAGAUGGAGCAAGCGCUCGACGGUGACGGCAACAGGAUCGUUGGUGGCGAACCCACGGCAGUCGGCACCUACCCCUUCCUGGUAGGUCUUGUAAUAAAUCUGACUUCUGGCGGCACUUCGGUAUGCGGCUCCUCGAUGCUGAGCAACACGCGCGCUGUCACAGCGGCGCACUGUUGGUUCGACGGACGUAACCAAGCGCGCCACUUUACACUCGUGUUCGGUUCGGCGCGCCUGUUCUCGGGCGGUACUCGCGUUGGCACCAGCCGCGUCGAGGUACACUCUGGCUACAGGCCCACUACGCUCAACAAUGACAUCGCAAUCAUUUCGUUCAACCACGUCGAAUACACAGAUGUGAUCCAAGCAGUAGCGCUGCCCAGCGGCGCUCUACUCGGUAGCACUUUUGCAGGAUCUUGGGUUCACGCUGCCGGUUACGGCAGGACUAGCGACAGUACCGGCAUAACGAUGAAUCAAAUCCAGAGUCACGUGGCGCUGCAGGUGAUGUCGAACGCUGUAUGCCGUCAGUUCUACGGCAGCAUCGUCAUAGGCUCUACGCUGUGCACCAGCGGGGCCGGCGGUGUGGGCACAUGUGGAGGUGACUCCGGCGGCCCGCUUGUCAUUUCCAGCGGCAAUCAGCGCGUCUUGGUGGGGGUGACUUCUUUCGGCGCUGUGAGCGGCUGCCAGUUAGGAUAUCCGGCUGGCUUCUCCAGGGUCACAUCCUACCUAUCCUGGAUACAAGAACGGAUAUAA